UUCUUCGAAUAGCAGAGCAGAGCACAUUCACACUCUUUCCCAUGCCUCCCCUCUACAUAUUAGCUCUUGGGCUUCUCCUCUUACACACUCCUCGCUGCUCGUCGUCCGCACCUGCUGGUGAUACCCUCACUGAAGGCCAAGUGCUUGCCGUCGGCGACAAGCUCGUCUUGAGGAACGGCAAGUUCGCGCUCGGCUUCUUCCAGCCUGCAACGAGCACCAUCAACCGGCCGCCAGGGCGAAAAUGGGUCGGCGGUGACAAUUGCGGAGUCAUGGUGAAGAAGGAGCGACCCUGCUACCAUUGCGGAGUCAUGAUUCGAGGGUCCGCCCAAACGUCAAGACAAGUAUGCGCCUCUUUCAAGUCUGGACUAAAAGUCUGAACAUCAGUGAAGCUGAUUCUCUACUGCCUAUCCUGGUCACUGAACUCAUCAUCUGCAUUUGCUGCAGUUAUUCAGAGUUUAAACUCAGCAGAGACUAUUGUUUGUACUAGUAAUGUUUGUAGGACAACACAUUGCUAACAGUAUAUUUGUGGAAACAAACAAUACCUGAACAAAAAUAAGGAAAACAGAUACCUGAUCUUCCUGCUCU